GCAGAUAGCGAGCCGCGGCCGGCGGCCACCACCCCAGCGGGAAGGGCAUGGGGCUGCGUGGCGGAGCCGCGGGCGCACGGAGCAGUUCCUCUGCCGGGCGCCGGCUGCCGGGCGCGGCGCGGCUCGCAGCUCCUAUUUGCAUGCUCGGGCUGUGAAUGGCGUUGCCGGCCGGCCGGCCCCUGGCACGGGGGCGGAGUCUGCGCUGCCUGCUCUGGGCGAGUUUGCGAGCGGGGGCCCCUUAGCCGCACCGGGGCGGCCCGAUCGCUGGAUCUGUCGCUCGCUGCUGGGCGGGCCCGGCGCGGAGCCGAGACGGCUGCCCGGCCUGAGGACUGAGACAGGAAGAUGUCUGAAGUGCGGCGUGACAGCACGAGCAGUUUACAGCGGAAGAAGCCGCCAUGGCUCAAACUCGACAUACCGGUGCCCAUCUCUGUGGCAAUGCCUGAGGAGCCCACCUUUGUGCAGCCAUUUAAACGCCAGGCCUUCCUGAGAAGCGUCAGCAUGCCUGCUGAGAACACCCGCAUCCCCUCCCCGCCAAACGAGGUGCGGCGGCCCAUGCUACAACGACAGACCUCCAUCACCCAAACCAUCAGAAGGGGCACAGCAGAUUGGUUUGGGGUAAGCAAGGAUAGCGAUGCCACUCAGAAAUGGCAGAGAAAAAGCCUUCGCCAUUGCAGCCAACGAUAUGGGAAGCUGAAACCUCAGGUCAUCCGGGAAAUGGACCUGCCCAGCCAGGAUAACAUCUCACUCACUAGCACAGAGACCCCUCCUCCUCUCUAUGUCGGGCCUUGUCAACUUGGCAUGCAGAAGAUUGUAGACCCUUUAGCACGAGGCCGAGCAUUCCGUAUGGCUGAUGAUAAUGAUGGAUACAGCAUCCCUCACACACCAAUCACUCCAGGUGCCACAUCACUGUGCUCCUUCACCAGCUCUCGGUCUGGGUUUAAUCGCUUACCACGACGGCGGAAACGGGAAUCAGUGGCCAAAAUGAGCUUCCGAGCAGCAGCAGCGCUGGUGAAGGGCCGCUCUGUGAAGGACAGUACCCUGAGGAGGGCUCAGCGACGCAGCUUCACCCCAGCUAGUUUCUUGGAGGAGGACACGGUGGAUUUCCCCGAUGAGUUGGACACCUCGUUUUUUGCUCGGGAAGGAGUCCUCCAUGAGGAGCUCUCUACAUACCCCGAUGAAGUGUUUGAAUCUCCAUCUGAAGCGGCGAUCAAGGAUUCUGAGGUGAAACCCCAGGAUCAGGCCGAUCUAACAGGAGGUGCCUUAGACAAAAAUGAACUUGAAAGAAGCCACCUGAUGCUUCCCCUGGAGCGAGGCUGGAGAAAACAGAAGGAAGGGACCCUGCCCCAACCCAAGGUUCGCUUACGGCAGGAAGUGGUGAGCAUGAGCCCUCAGCGACGCGGCCAGCGCAUCGCCGUCCCAGUCAGAAAGCUCUUUGCCAAGGAGAAGAGGCCAUACGGACUGGGCAUGGUGGGCAGGCUGACCAACCGCACCUACCGCAAGCGCAUAGACAGCUACGUGAAACGGCAGAUUGAGGACAUGGACGACCACAGGCCUUUCUUCACCUACUGGGUCACCUUUGUGCAUUCGCUCAUCACAAUCCUUGCUGUGUGUAUCUAUGGCAUUGCCCCCGUGGGGUUUUCUCAACAUGAAACCGUAGAUUCAGUGCUGAUGAACAGGGGGAUUUAUGAAAACGUCAAGUAUGUUCAACAAGAAAACUUCUGGAUUGGCCCCAGCUCGGAGGCCCUGAUCCACUUGGGGGCGAAGUUCUCGCCAUGUAUGAGGCAGGACCAGCAGGUGCAUAACUUCAUCAGUGCUACGCGAGAGAAGGAGAAGCACUCGGCCUGCUGUGUGCGCAACGACAAGUCGGGCUGUGUGCAGACCUCGGAGGAGGAAUGCUCUUCCACCCUGGCCGUGUGGGUGAAAUGGCCCCACCACCCCAGCACGCCAACACUGGCAGGAGGCAAGAGACAGUUCGGAUCUGUUUGUCACCAGGAUCCCAGGGUUUGUGAGCAGCCAGCAUCGAUGGAUCCCCAUGAAUGGCCUGAUGACAUCACCAAAUGGCCGAUCUGCACCAAAAACAGCGCUGGGAAUUAUACCAACCACCUUCAUAUGGACUGCGUGAUCACAGGCAGGCCCUGCUGUAUUGGGACCAAAGGAAGGUGUGAAAUAACAUCCCGAGAGUACUGUGAUUUCAUGCGGGGCUAUUUCCAUGAGGAGGCAACACUCUGCUCCCAGGUGCACUGCAUGGAUGAUGUCUGUGGCCUCCUGCCCUUCCUAAACCCAGAGAUUCCUGACCAGUUCUACCGCCUCUGGCUCUCCCUCUUCCUCCACGCUGGGAUCCUGCACUGCCUGGUUUCAGUCUGUUUCCAGAUGACCAUCCUGCGAGACCUGGAAAAGCUGGCAGGCUGGCAUCGCAUCUCCAUCAUCUACCUGCUCAGCGGCAUCACAGGGAACCUGGCCAGUGCAAUAUUCCUGCCCUACAGAGCAGAGGCUAUAGAGCAGAGGUCCCCAAACUGUGGGGCUUGGAUGACUGUUUGGGGGACAUAGCUGGGGCCCAGGCCAACCCCCAUGCCCAAGGAACAGAGGUCCUGUAAAAGCAAAAUUCUGUGACUUAACAGAGGGCAGCAGGAACAGCAGCAAGCCACAAAGGAUCAGAAAAUAAGGAUGACAGCAGCUCUGUAUGUGGCCUGCCCUUCCACCGCUCUGUUCCCAGCUAUCACAGGUCAGCCCAGAGUGGAGUGACUGAGCAGCUAGGGCCUUCAUGCUCUUUCUGGCCCACAUGUGCUUUACAACGGACUCCACCUGCAGUUAUGUCUCUAGGUUUGAUUACACAAAUGAAGGCCAGGAUUUACAUGCCUCAGAGACAAAAGGAAAUGAAUAGGAUUGUGUGGGUGGCUGCUUUAUGCUCCCCUUGUUGUAGGAGAAACGGUAGUAUCAAGGUUCAUCAGACUGCCCACAGCACCCCCUUUCCUCUGAAGAGCCCCCAACUCACCAGCUAAUGUGCUGUAUGCCCCCUUCCCGCUCCUGCUUCAGCUGCACAUAUCGCUGGAUGGCUUUCUUCAGGUCCAGGACACUGGCAUUCUGUACCACUACUACAGCUAAAAGGGAAAAGAUUGUCACCUGGCAAUGGCCCCAGAGAUGCAUUCUGGAGGGAGGCAGAGCUCCAGCUCCCAUACCCCACUCUCACCUCUUGGAAGCUGCACUGUAAGUGGAGUUGCUUUGUGCUAUUUGUGGAGAAUAAAGAGCAACACUA